AUGAACACCAUAGCCAAAAUCAAGAAAACGCAGAACACCAUACAUGCGGACUCCAAUCAUGUAUCCACAGAAUCUGGAGCUCUGAUUGGUUCCAACGACGAUCUUUUAAUUGAAAUCCUUCUUCGUUUGCCUGUUACUUCUGUUCUUCGAUUCAAAUCUGUAUCCAAACACUGGUGCUCCCUUUUGAGUCACCGCCAUUUUACCCUCCUGUAUAAAAAUGCUUCGUCCUCUCCUGGCCUUUUCGCUCACAAUCUGUAUAUUCCAUUUGAUGAUGAGAACCGAAGCACUCCUCCUUUUCGUGAUCUCGACUUCUAUCCUGAUCCUCAUGGUAUUAGAAUCGUGCAAUCUUGUAACGGAUUGCUGCUUUGUCGUAGCAAUGAAGGGGACGAACGUGUGCGGAAAUAUUACGUAUUUAAUCCCACCACCAAUCAAUUUGCAGUCAUCCCAUCAGUUCUUGGAGGCAUGGCUGUUCAUAAAGCCAUCUUUUUUAUGGCUCUGGCAUUUCAUCAAACAGAUUGUGUUCACUACAAGGUUGUUUGCUUUUACCUCUCUAAGCCUGAUGAUGUUCUCAAGAUUCAAAUCUACUCCUCCGAUACAAGGAAAUGGAAGAUUUCCGAUGAAUCUCUCUCUUUUCCUGAUCCUUUUUUGGCAGCCUUCCACUACAUAGUUUAUUGGAAUCAAGCGAUCCAUUGGGCUCCCUACUGGGAAAAUCAAACGUACUUUAAGAUCGACACAGAAGAGUUGCAAUCGCUGCCCAUGCCGGUGGUGGUGGCGUCUUCUGAAAGUUAUGAAAAGUGGGACAUGCCCCUUUACUUUGGGGAGUCACGAGGCCAUCUGCAUAUGGUGAAGAAACAGAGGGUCGAUCAUGGUGAGAGUCAUAUAAAGCUGAACGUGUUUGAGAUAUUGAACGAUCAUUCUGGGUGGUUUCUCAAGUACCAAGUGGACCUUGGCGAGCUUCGUGAUGCUUACCCAGAGACGAGGGGUUACUGUAAGUGGAUCCCAUUUUAUUACGAUUUUGAAGUGUUUGAUGUGGUUAGGGGUGAACAUGAAGAAGAAGAAGAAACAUUUAUGGUGAUCAGAGUUCCAGGGAAGGUCAUAAGGUAUAAUGUUGUGGACAAGAGUUUCAAGCAGAUAUAUGACCAGAACUACUUAUAUGGACGAAAUGGACACAUGCAUGUUCAUCGUUAUAUUGAAUCGUUGGUGCCUUUUUAA